UUUUGGACUUUUUCGCCUCCUCUUUUUCCAUUUCUCCUCCAUUUUCCCCUUGUUUUGCUACAACAAGCUUCCGUCUCCCUUCCUCCUCCUCCUUCUCCUCCCUUCCCUUCCUCCCCCUUCCCUCUCCUCCCAAAAUCCUCCCCUUCCUCCUUCUCCUCCCUUCCUUUCCUCCUCCUCCUCCCUCCCUUUCCUCCCCCUCUUCCUUCCCCCUUCUUCCUCCUCCCUCCCCACUUUCCUCCUCCCCUCCCUCCUCUCCCCUUCCUCCGCUCUCCUUCCACAAUGGGGAAAAGGAAAAAAGUUGGCCUAUUUUGCAUUCUAUUUAGUCAGACGUAUCAAGGCCAUGUCUCCGCUUAUUUAUUAGUUUGUGGCGUUGAUGCUACCGGAGCCUAUUUAUUCGAAGUUUCUGCCUCCGGCGGUGGAUUUUUAAAGCCUUUUAGCGCUGAUGGUUCAGGCUGUCUUUGUGCUAUAGCUGAAUUGGAAAAUGGAUUUAAGCCGGACAUGACGGUUUUUUAG